GGUGGCAGAGGGCUCACUCAAAGAGGCAAAGUCCAGGUGCAUUGCCAGGAGCGCCUGAGAGCCGCACUGCAGAGGAAGGAGGCAGCGAGAGUGGCAUGGCUUCCGGGACAGGUCCUUCAACUGGAGACGCCACGCUGAGGAGGAGAAUUGAGCCCUGGCAGUUUGAAGCCUCCUUUGACCCCCGCCAGCUGCAGAAAGAGGCCUGUCUGCUCUCUGAGGUUCGGUGGGGUGCAAGCCCCAGGACUUGGCGCGAGUCCGGCCUAAACACCACCAGCCACGUGGAGAUAAACUUCAUAGAAAAGUUCACCUCGGGGAGAAGUCUGCGCCCUGCCAUUCGCUGCUCCGUGACCUGGUUCCUGUCCUGGAGCCCGUGCUGGGAGUGUGCCAGGGCGAUCAGGGAGUUUCUCCAUCAGCACCCGAAUGUGAGUCUGGUUAUUUACGUCGCACGACUUUACUGGCACGUGGAUGAGCAAAACCGGCAAGGACUCAGGGACCUCGUGACCAGCGGCGUGCGUGUACAGAUCAUGAGUGACUCAGAAUACAGCCACUGCUGGAGGAAUUUCGUCAACUUCCCGCCGGGGCAGGAGGCAGGCUGGCCGCGGUUCCCGCCCAUGUGGACCACGCUGUAUGCGCUGGAGCUCAGCUGCAUCCUUCUAAGUCUACCACCCUGUUUAAAGAUUUCAAAAAGACAUCAAGAUCAGCUUACGUUUUUCCAACUUAUUCUUCAAACUUGCCAUUAUCGAGCAAUUCCGCCCCCAGUCCUUUCAGCUGCAGGGUUGAUGCACCCUCUUGUGGCCUGGUGUUGAGCGGAGUGAAGAAAUUCUUGUGUGUGCGCUGUUCCAAGACUUGCAGCGUAGGCACCUCGCUGGAAGCAGGUGCUGCUUCGAAUCCCGAAAAUGGAGUGGGGGUGAAUUACAGGCAGAGACUGUGUUGACCAGCAUGUGGGAGGCUCUAGGUUCAAUCCCCUGAUCUGAAAUAAAAAGCAGAAUCUAGAAAUGUUCACAAACACUGUAGUUUCCCUGCCCUGUCCCAAAUUACCCUAUAACUUUACACUUUCAAACAACAAUAAAUGCUUAUCACUAUA